AAAACAAAAAGGAGGUGUGUGUCUGACUGAAAGUUGGCGUCAACUCCGCACUCGGCAAUGGCGGAAGAAUCUCAACCCCGUAUCGAACAAGAAGAAGAGCGUUUCGACGUUCUCACCAAAGAGGGUCACAAAACUGGCAUUUCCAAACCGAGAGGAGAAGUUCAUCGAGAUGGCGAUUACCAUCGAGCCGUUCACGUCUGGAUUUUCGCCGAGAGCACGCAGCAGUUGCUCCUCCAACGCCGCGCCACCUGCAAGGACUCCUGGCCGGACCUUUGGGAUAUUUCCAGCGCCGGUCACAUCUCCGCCGGAGAUUCCUCCCUCUUCACUGCCAGGAGGGAGCUUGAAGAAGAGUUAGGUGUAACCCUUCCACAGGAUGCAUUCGAAUUGAUAUUUAUUUUCCUCCAAGAGUGUGUCAUAAAUGAUGGGAAAUUCAUCAAUAAUGAAUACAAUGAUGUGUAUCUGGUAACAACUAUUGAUCCUAUACCUUUGGAGGCCUUUACACUUCAGGAAACAGAAGUUUCUGAAGUUAAAUAUAUCUCAUAUGAGGAAUAUAAAAGGUUACUUGCCAAAGAGGAUUUAGACUAUGUACCUUAUGAUGUUCAUGGACAAUAUGGUCAACUAUUUGAUAUAAUUGAACAGAGGUACAAAGAAAACACUGUAGCACGCAGUUUGGCUCUACAAAAGCAACUUAGUCGAUAUGCUCCUAUUUCGCUCAAUGUGGAGUUGACAGGGCUUACGGAUUCAGACAAAAAGGCUCUUGUUUCUAUUCUCAAGGCUGCAGCUGUUAUGGAUGAAAUUUUUUAUCUGCAGUCGUGGUACAGUAAUCCAGCUCUUAGAGAUUGGUUGAAGGAGCAUGCUGAUACAUCAGAGUUGAACAAGUUGAAAUGGUCCUAUUAUCUGAUUAACAAGACCCCAUGGUCUUCCCUUGAUGAAGAUGAGGCAUUUUUGACAACUGCAGAUUCAGCAAUAAGGUUACUUGCUAAAGCAACUAAGACAGUUAGAGAGUGGAAGGGUCUUGAAUACAGAGCAGCAUUUCCUGUGCAGAAACCUGCUGGUGCUAAUUUCUACCCCCCAGACAUGGACAAAAAGGAGUUUGAAAUAUGGAAGGAAAGUCUGGGAAAUGAUGAACAGAAAGAGGCAACUAGCUUUUUCAGUGUUAUUAAAAGGCACAGUGAAUUUAUUUUAGAUUCUCAUCCCUCCAAUAGCAAAGCAGGUUCUUCUCAUGACUUGUAUAUAGUUCCUUAUUCUCAAGAGUACAAGUCUCUUCUUGCAAAAGCUGCCGAUUUGUUGCAUAAAGCUGGGGAUAUUACCGACUCACCAAGUUUGAAGAGUCUGCUCCAUGGCAAGGCUGAUGCUUUCCUUUCAAAUGAUUAUUAUUACUCAGAUAUAGCCUGGAUGGAAUUGGACUCUAAGCUGGAUAUCACAAUUGGGCCAUAUGAAACUUAUGAGGAUAAACUUUUUGGAUACAAGGCUACCUUUGAAGCUUACAUUGGAAUCAGGGACGAUGAAGCAACAGCUCAAUUGAAACUCUUUGGUGAUAAUCUGCAGCUCCUGGAGCAAAACCUCCCAAUGGACAGUGCAUACAAAUCAAAAGAUGUGAAUGCAGCACCUAUUCGUGUUAUCCAGCUUCUAUAUAAUGCAGGGGAUGUCGGGGGACCGCAAACUCUUGCUUUUAAUCUACCAAAUGAUGAGCGUAUUGUAAAUGAUCGUGGAACAUCAAUGGUCAUGCUUAAGAAUGUUUCAGAGGCUAAGUUUACUCAUAUUCUUCUCCCUAUAGCUGCUGGCUGUAUUGCAUUGGAACAACAAGAACUUGUAGAUUUUGAAUCGUUUUUUACUCAUACAAUUUGCCACGAAUGCUGCCAUGGAAUUGGACCUCACACCAUAACACUUCCAAAUGGUCAGAAGUCUACUGUGAGAUUGGAAUUGCAAGAAUUUCACUCAGCUCUAGAAGAAGCAAAAGCUGAUAUAGUUGGCCUCUGGGCAUUGAGGUUCUUGAUCUCCCAGGACUUGCUUUCUGAAAGUUUGUUGAAGUCCAUGUAUGUUUCUUUUCUUGCUGGAUGCUUCCGCUCAGUACGUUUUGGUUUAGAAGAAGCUCACGGAAAAGGACAAGCAUUGCAAUUCAACUGGUUAUAUGAGAAAGGAGCCUUUGUCUUGCAUUCUGAAGAUACAUUUUCUGUUGAUUUUUCUAAGGUUGAAGGUGCAGUUGAAAGCCUGAGCACGGAGAUACUUACUAUACAAGCUAAAGGUGAUAAAGAGGCUGCUGGUUUACUUCUUCAGAAAUACGGUGUGAUGACGGAAGCACUACAAGUUGCUCUGAAAAAGUUGGAGAAUAUUCAGGUACCUGUUGACGUAGCACCUACCUUUGCCACUGCCAACAAAAUAUUGCAAUGAAGGCAAGAAAAACCGAGGUGCAAAGAAGUUACAUGCUUACCAUCACUUUGCCUCAGCUUGGAAAAAUCCAUUCAAUCGAUGUCUAUUGUUUGUGCUAGUUGUUAUUACUUACUAUGAUAGAGUGGAACUCUUGUUUUCUCUAGUUCGUUUCCUUUCUCCUCGGACUGAUUCAUAAAAGGAAACAAUCAUUGUCUUAGAGAAGAGUUUUAUACAUUGUUUGGUUAUCAGGUUAUGCGCUAAUGAUGUGUAUUGACUCAGCGGGUAAGAUAGAAUUUAUCAAUGCAAUGGGUCUUUGAUUUGAAUCA